AUGGAACAUCCACCAGCAGCUCUCAGAACAUUUUCAACCCAAUCAACUUCAUCUUUGAAUUCAGUAAGUACUGUUUCGUCUUCAAGAAUUGUUUCUCUGGGCCCAGUCAAUAUAAACAAUUUCAAUAAACCAAGUACUCCCAAAGACCAUUUAUUCUAUCGAUGUGAAUCACUAAAACGAAAACUACAAAAAAUCCCUGGCAUGGAACCAUUUUUGAACCAAGCUUUCAAUCAGGCUGAACAACUCAGUGAACAACAAGCAUUGGCUUUGGCACAGGAAAGAAGCAAUGGAAAUGGACAUAGUAAUGGCAAACGUCAUCAAUCAUUAGACGGUGCCAUGAAUAGACUUUCAGUUGGUUCUGAUAGUAGUUCGAUCCAAGGUUCAUUGACACGAAUGGCCACCAAUGCGUCAACGUCAUCUUUAAUCAGUGGUAUGCCAAACAACAACACUUUAUUUACGUUUACUGCAGGGGUUUUACCAGCUAAUAUUAGUGUCGAUCCUGCUACCCAUCUUUGGAAAUUGUUCCAACAAGGGGCCCCCUUUUGUGUUCUUAUCAAUCAUAUCCUUCCUGAUUCCCAAAUACCAGUUGUCAGUUCUGAUGACUUGAGAAUUUGCAAAAAAUCAGUAUAUGACUUUUUAAUUGCCGUCAAGACGCAAUUGAAUUUUGAUGACGAGAAUAUGUUCACUAUAUCCAAUGUUUUCUCCGACAAUGCCCAAGAUUUAAUCAAGAUUAUUGAUGUCAUUAAUAAACUACUUGCUGAGUACUCAGAUGCUAGUGACCUGGGUGGUGGCGAUGAAGAUGUAAAUAUGGAUGUUCAAAUUACCGAUGAAAGAUCAAAAGUUUUCCGAGAAAUUAUCGAAACAGAAAGAAAAUAUGUUCAAGACUUGGAACUAAUGUGUAAAUACCGUCAAGAUCUAAUUGAAGCCGAAAAUUUGUCUUCAGAACAAAUUCACUUGUUAUUCCCAAAUUUAAAUGAGAUUAUUGAUUUUCAAAGACGAUUCCUCAAUGGGUUAGAAUGUAACAUCAAUGUACCUAUUAGAUAUCAAAGAAUUGGAUCAGUAUUUAUUCAUGCUUCUUUGGGCCCUUUCAAUGCUUAUGAACCUUGGACUAUAGGACAAUUGACGGCGAUUGAUUUGAUCAACAAAGAAGCUGCUAAUUUGAAAAAAUCAUCGAGUCUACUUGAUCCUGGGUUUGAACUUCAAUCGUAUAUAUUAAAGCCGAUCCAAAGAUUGUGUAAAUACCCACUUUUGUUGAAAGAGUUAAUCAAAACAUCACCAGAAUAUUCAAAACAGGACCCCCAUGGCAGCUCGUCAUUGACAUCAUUCAAUGAAUUAUUGGUGGCUAAAACUGCAAUGAAAGAAUUGGCAAAUCAAGUCAAUGAGGCGCAAAGACGAGCAGAAAAUAUCGAACAUUUGGAAAAACUAAAAGAAAGAGUAGGUAAUUGGCGUGGGUUUAAUUUGGAUGCUCAAGGAGAACUAUUAUUCCACGGACAAGUUGGGGUUAAAGAUGCUGAAAAUGAAAAGGAAUACGUUGCUUAUCUUUUUGAAAAAAUUGUAUUUUUUUUCACAGAAAUUGAUGAUAACAAAAAAUCUGAUAAACAGGAAAAGAAGAGCAAGUUUUCGACAAGAAAGAGAUCAACUUCAUCAAAUCUUAGUUCAUCGACUACUAAUUUGUUGGAAUCAAUAAACAAUUCCCGAAAGGAUAACACAUUGCCAUUGGAAUUAAAAGGAAGAGUUUAUAUAUCGGAGAUUUAUAACAUUUCCGCUCCAAACACUCCUGGCUCAACCCUAAUCAUCUCAUGGUCAGGUAGAAAGGAAAGCGGCUCAUUCACUUUGAGAUAUCGUAGUGAAGAAGCCAGAAACCAAUGGGAAAAGUGUUUACGUGAUUUGAAGACUAAUGAAAUGAAUAAACAAAUUCAUAAGAAGUUACGUGAUUCCGACCUGUCAUUUAAUACUGAUGACUCUGCCAUAUAUGAUUACACGGGUAUUAGUACGUCACCAGUCAAUCAAUCAACUCAACAACAAUACUAUGAUCAUCGGGGCUCUCACAGUUCCCGCCAUCACUCAUCGUCAUCCACUUUGAGUAUGAUGAAGAAUAAUAGAGUUAAAUCUGGUGAUUUGAGUAGAAUAUCUUCAACUUCAACAACAUUAGAUUCUUUCAGUAACAACUUGAAUGGGUCACCAAAUACCACUAAUCCAUCUUUGACGUCUUCAGAUGCCACCAAAACAAUUCCAACAUUUGACGUUGCAAUUAAAUUGCUUUACAAAUCGACAGAAUUGUCAGAGCCAUUGAUUGUCAAUGCACAAAUUGAGUAUAAUGACCUUUUACAGAAAAUUAUCUCCCAGAUUAUCACUUCGAACUUGGUGGCUGAUGAUGUCAAUAUUAGUCGAUUGAGAUAUAAAGACGACGAAGGAGACUUUGUGAAUUUGAAUUCAGAUGAUGAUUGGGGGUUAGUGCUUGAUAUGUUAACCAGUGAAGACUUUUACCAAACAUCAAGCAAUGAAAAACGACUGGUGACAGUGUGGGUUUCUUGA